CAGCGAUAGAGAUCGGAGGAUUAAGGGUGACGGAAAAGUUUUAGGGAACAAUAAAUCAACUGGGUUUUUAAGAGAUCCUGGAUUUGAAUAGCUUGAUUGUUGUUGGAAUUGCAGGUUCCAAUUGUGCUGGGUUUGGAUUUGUGAUCGGGUUUGGUAUUGAUCGAAUUAGGGGAAAUCCUUAGUGGGUUUUGGUGGGUUUUCUGAGCUGUUAAAUGGGUCCGAGAGAAUUUUUGGUUUGGGAAGAAAGAGAGUGCGGUUUGAGAGAUUGAUUGGUGAGGAGUUAAUUUGAUGAUUUCUUUGGGAAGUAGUGAUGCGAGGAAAGGGCUAGGGUUAGGGCUUGGUGGAGGUGGGAAAGAGAUGGACACUGAGCUUGAAGAGGGAGAGGCUUGCUCUUACAAUAACAACAACAACGAUGAUUAUGACGAUGCCAGCGUCGACCCUGAUAUUGCUCUCUCUUACAUAGGUGAGAAAGUUCAAGAUGUUUUGGGGCAUUUCCAAAAGGAUUUUGAAGGUGGAGUUUCAGCAGAAAAUCUGGGGGCAAAGUUUGGUGGGUAUGGGUCAUUUUUACCUACUUAUCAACGGUCUCCUGCUUGGUCUCAUCCAAGGAUUCCACCAAAAGCUCAGAGCCAUACUGUCAAAUCCCCAAAGAAUUUGCAAGUGGAGGGUGGCCAUCCUCACUUGGCAGUCAUGUCGUGUAUACCUCAGUCGGUUGGACCUGCUUCUGUUACUGGCGGAACACUGCCUGUGUCAAAGGCUCUGUUUAUGAAUGAUCCAGUCAAACAAGAAGCAUCCAUACCAUCUAACUGUGUUGAUGAAUUUUCAAUCAAGAAAUGUGCUAAUUUAGCUGACCAGAAAACAUUGAAGUUGAGAAUCAAAGUUGGAUCUGAUAACUUGUCGACACAAAAAAAUGCUGCAAUCUACAGUGGUCUUGGCCUUGAUGUCUCACCAUCUUCAUCAAUGGACAAUAGCCCUUCAGAAAAUGAAGGGAUGUAUCAUGAUAGUCAAGAUGUUUCUUUUGAGUCUCCCACUAAUAUUCUCCAGGUUAUGACUUCUUUUCCAGUACUUGGGGACAUACUUUUAUCACCUCUCCCUGAUAAUGUACUUUACUUGACUAAAAUGGAAAGGAUUCUAAAAGAUAAUAGAUCUGAUUCUGGAUGGAAUGAUGGGAUAUUUUUGAGAGAUAAGAGAGCAAAGUCAGUGGAGAGAAAUGAUUUUCCAGCAGAACGGAAAGGUGCCAACAAUAGGGAUAUUUGGAAUGAGAAUAGAAGAUCGCCAAAGAAGGACGUGGAUGUUGAUCAUUUUACAUGUGAGGAACUUGUUUCUAAAACCUUAAAGCUUCCACUUUUAUCUAAUUCAUAUUCUGCUGUUGACAAGGUAAACAAGAAGGGCAUUGUCCAUAAUGAAGUAAAGGAUGAAUCAUUUGAGCCAGUAUUCACUGUAGAGAUUGGCCGAGAGAACCCAAAGUCUGAUUCAGAAGGAAAUGUUUGGGAAGAUAAAAAGACAAUCUUUCCAGAUGAUCUUUCAUGCUACCCAAGGAUAGAUAGCCAUGUUAAAGAAGAAAAAUCUUAUGACAUAGUCAGCAUUGACCUAAACCCUUCAAAGGGGAAGAAACCUGUAAACAGAGAACAAGUAGAUGACCUCAAGGAAAAGGUUAGCCAGAGAGCUAUAUCAAACGAGCAAGAGAGUAUGAAGUCGCCCCAGGGAAAGGAGCAUGCUUCUUCUGGGGGAAAAAGAAAAUCAAAGGGAAAUCAAAGUUAUGGCAAUGUUGCUGCAGAUGUACUGAAAGAAAGCUUGAGGAGUGGUGGUUCUUCUUCAAUGCCCAAAAGUAAGAAGACUACUCAUGUAGACAAUAAUGUGACCAAAAGAGAAAUGGGUGACUCAAACUUAGAAAAGCCUUUUAAGAAGGCUGAAGAUAGGUAUAGAGAUCUUUUUGGAGACAUGGAAGAAUCAGAACAGGAGGAGAACCAAACUAGUUCAGUAGGAAUUUUUUCUGAACAUAGGCUGAAGGAAACUGAGAAGAUUGACAAAAGCAGACCUGCUCUAAACAACACAUCUAAGGAUAGAUUAAGUAAUGAGAAAUCUAAUAAGCUGUUGGCAUCAGAACCAUACACUAAGUUGACAGGAGAAGCUAAUCUGCAUCCUCCCAAUGUGAACAUUUCUGAAACAGCAGCAGCUCCUUUGUUGAUAGAAGAAUGGGUUUGUUGUGAUAAAUGUCAGAAGUGGCGGCUUCUGCCAUUUGGCAUGAAUGUAUCCAGCUUACCUGAGAAGUGGUUGUGUAGCAUGCUUACCUGGCUGCCUGGAAUGAACCGAUGUGGUGUUAGUGAGGAGGAGACGACAAGAGCUGUUAUUGCAUUGUAUCAAGUCCCUGCUACUGAAAAUCAAACUAAUCUAAACAGUAAUAUUGGCAACAAUAUAUCCAGAACACAGGCAGCUGACAUCCAGCACCCCUACCAGAGCCAUGGAAGUAAUGGUUUGCAUGCCACAUCUAGUGGUGGAAGAAAGAAACAUGGUUUGAAAGAAAUAUCAAAUGUCACUGAAAAAGAUGGACUUGCACAGUUGUCACACUCUAUGAAGAAAACUGUGCAGGCAUCAGACAGAACUGGAAGCGUUAAUGAUGUAAGUCAAUCUCCCAUAGUUGGUGAACCUGGUUUUCAAAACCUAAGCGAAUCCUGUGACUUGCUGGCAGAGAAGCACAGAAAUAAGCGGAAAGAGAAGCAUAAAGUACCAGGGCACAGUUCUGAUGGAGGUGGUGGCAAGAAUUUAAAGAUGAAAGGCAAGAGGCAUAGUGAUCAAGAUUGUUUUAGAGCAGCCAAGAAAAUCAAGCGUGAGAAUUUGCAUUUUACAGAUGAUGAUAGGGUGUCUGACCAUGCUGGGGCCAUGGACAAGGUGGGUUCUGGAUCAAAUUGUAGUUUACCUACCAUGUCAAUUGGCAAGGAUAAGCCCAAACACAAUGAAUCUUGUUCUUAUAAGGAUUCAAAAGUGGAUAAGAAAGAAAGACCUCAAGUCUCUGCUAAAGGACCAAAGGACAGAGUUCCACCUUCUGCUGAUGAUGGAUGCCUGGAUUUGGCAAAACAUGGUGGAGAUUCCUCAUUAAAGAGGAAAAUCAAUGAGCAUGAUAGUCAUAUUUAUUCAGGUUCAUUCCAAGGAAAAGUGUUAGAAAAUGAGGAAUUUAGUGGGAAUGACUGCAGGAAGGAAAAGAAGGUCAGAGUGUCCAAGUCUGAAAGUAAGGAUUCUGGGGCAAGUAAAAUCAAUGGUAAACUAGACAGAAAAGGGAGUCAUUCAAAGAACCACCAAAAAGGGCAAGAUAAAGGGGCCACUCUUUCUCGAGGUAGCUUGGAUGGUACAGAUACCCUCAAAAGGGAUUUUGGACCUGCACAACCUUCUGCUGCAGCUACUUCAAGCUCAUCUAAGGUUUCUGGUUCCCAUAAAUCAAAGCCUGGCUUCCAAGAGACAAAAGGUUCACCAGUGGAGUCAGUUUCUUCAUCACCUAUGAGAAUAUCUAAUCCUGAUAAAUUUCCACUGGCAAGAAGGAACAUUUCCAUGAGAGAUGAAUCUCGUGAUACGGAACAUUUUUCCACCAGAAGUCCAAGAAGAUAUUCAAAUGGUGAUGAUAAUGUUGGUCGUGACAGAUCAAAGACAGGAAGGACAGAGAAAACUUCUUCUGCAGCUCAACACAGGUCUCAUGAGGCUUCUGUGCUUGAUUUUCGGGAUAAGGACACCAGUUAUUUAUCUGGUGGUCAAGCUAAGCUGUUGAUUGCACCUUCACGUGAUACCAAUAAAGGCCAAUUUACUAAUGGCAGUGUUGAUUAUUUAGGCCAAGAGACUCAAUAUCCUUGUAAAUCAAAAACAAUAGAUCAACACCACAAUGAAGAAAGGCAGAAUGAUAGCAACCAUUUUAAUGCUAAUGGCUCUCAUCCAAGGAGGUCUGGGAAGGGAUUUUCACAUUCCAGGGACAAUAAUCAGAAUUUUAAACCUGAUUCCAGUGAAUUACAAGAUUCUAAACCUGAAUUGCAAGAUUCUGUACCUUUGUCUGAAGGAAAACCUAGAGAUGGUAGUAAUAAAUUUCAGGAGAAGUUUGGGAUCAAGUCUAAUCAAACAGAGAACAGACAUGCUGAGAAGAAAGAGUCUGUGGAGAAAUUUUAUAGUAAGAAUGGUAAAAGAGACAGUCAAGCAAACUUGCUGGGUCAUGAAGGUCCUGACGCAAAAGUAGACACUACCUGCAGUCAAGAUGCAAUGCCCAAUGUGAAGCAGAGUCUUAUUCAGGACAGUGAUGGUGAAAGAUAUAAAGAGAGGCUGCACCCUGACAAAACCGAUCAACUGGAAGUAGUCUCCAGGAGAGGGAAUCCACUAUCCUUACCGCCCUCUGGAAAUGUUUACCCAGUUUCAGGGCCCAAAAAGGGAUGUGGAGAUAGCUCAGGAAUCAAUGCCUCUCAAGGUGAUGAUGCGUCAAAAGUGCCAAGACAAAUAAAUAAAGCUGAUUGUCCAAAUGGAAUACAGAACAAUAGUAUAAGACAGCCCACACCAGGUGGGCAUAGGGUCAGGGAUCCUGAUGCCCCAGGUUCACAGAGAAAGGAUUCCUCAAGUCAGGCCAUGAGAGAAGCUACAGAUUUAAAGCAUCUUGCUGAUCGUUUCAAGAGCACCGGAGAUAUCCUGGAAAGCACUGGGCUUUACUUCCAGGCAGCCCUGAAGUUUCUUCAUGGAGCCUCUCUGUUAGAAUCUUGCACCAGUGAGAGUGCCAAAAAUGCUGACUCAUUGCCAGUGUAUAGUAGCACAGCAAAACUCUGCGAGUAUUGUGCCCAUGAAUAUGAGAAACGAAAAGAAAUGGCUCCUGCUGCUUUGGCCUACAAAUGCAUGGAGGUGGCAUAUAUGAGGGUUGUUUAUUCCUCGCACACCCGUGCAAGAGGAUAUCGAAAUGAGUUGCAUGCAGCUGUACGUAUGGUUCCUCCAGGUGAAUCUCCUUCUUCUUCUGCUUCUGAUGUCGAUAACUUAAACCACCCGACAGCUGUGGAUAAGGUUUCCUUCCCCAAAGGUGUAAGCUCUCCCCAGGUUGCUGGAAGCAUGGUCAUUUCUGCCCGAGACCGUCCAAGCUUUUUAGGGCUGCUUAACUUUGCACAGGAUGUAAACCUUGCAAUGGAAGCUUCAAGGAAAUCCCGGCUAGCAUUUGCAGCUGCUAGUUUGGGAGUGGCCAAAAGUGAAGAGAUUGUAUCUUCUGUGAAAUUGGCUCUUGAUUUCAACUUCCAAGACAUAGAACGAUUGCUACAUUUAAUACGGGUGGCAAUGGAGGCCAUUAGCCGUUGAAAGAAUCAUGUUGGCAAGGAUGAUGUUAUCUGUUGGAGGAGAACUUCUUUUAAUUGCAUAUCUGCUAAUGUGAAGUUCUAUGGAGAAAAGGAGAAGAGGCUGCUUGGGUUUUCGUGCAUCAAUUCUUGAUACUUACCGUUGAGAAACCAGCCAUCAUGUUUUCCCAAGCUCACUGUAAAUGUUUGCAACACAAGAUGGAAUCUGGUGCUCUUAGUUUAUAGAAUGCUUCUGCUGCCUUUUGACACUGCCAUGGACCUACCAUAUUAAUUUCCCCCUCAGGAUGGUGUUAAGGACUUGCAAAGGUUGUACAGAAAUAAUUCUUCUAAAUUUGUACAAUAGUGAGAUUGAUAUCUGAAGAUUCAAGUUAUAACUUUAUCUAAAGAUAGAAAAACAUCAUUAGGUUGAUGGGGUUGGUUGGACACUGUACUAGAGCUUGCCUUUAUACCGGCAAUUUUGUUCCCUAGGAGUUUUAGUUUUCACUGCUCAUCAUUUGUUAGUAACUAUUCACUAUUCACUAUUCACUUGGAGGUGUUCUGGGGGUGGGAAAGGUUACUUUGUGCUCCAAGGUUGCAACCACCUUUCUACUGCACAGGCUGCAAUCUGUUGGUUCGAAUGCUACAUAAACUGGGCAGUAUAGUUGGCAGUCUCAGGUUGG